AUGUGGACGAUUCCGAAGCCAAGAUACAGAAGCAGUUCGUGUGGUGAGCCUGAGAUCACUGUGAACAUCGGCGGGGUCCGAGUGGUGCUUUUCGGGGAUGUUUUGAAUCGUUACCCGGAGAGCAGACUGGCCGAGUUGGUCAACUGCUGCUCAUCGGCGCAGAAUGAAGAACUUAUUUCGUCUCUUUGUGACGACUUCGACCCGGGGCAGAAGGAGUUUUAUUUCGACCGAGAUCCAGAUGCCUUCAAGUGCAUCGUCGAUGUUUAUUACUUUGACGAGAUCCACAUUAAGCGUGGCAUUUGCCCCAUUUGUUUCAUCAAGGAGAUGGAGUUCUGGAAAAUAGACCAAAGUGCGUUGGAUGAAUGCUGCAAAAGUGAUCUGAGCGAGAAGGAGGGGGAGCUGAGGGAGAUCGCGAGCAAAGUCAAGGUGAUUUUGGAGGACAUGGAAGUGGACCAGAGUGCGACGGGCACUCAGACGUGCCAGCGCUUGCUGUGGAGACUCAUGGAGAAGCCUGGUUCCUCGUUCCCAGCGCGCGUCAUUGCCAUCGCGUCUUUCCUCUCCGUCCUGGUCUCAGCAGUGGUGAUGUGCGUGGGAACCAUCCCGGAAUUGCAGGUCACCGACGCCGAGGGAGAGCUGGUGGAGCACCCGAUUUUGGAGGCUAUCGAGACGGCGUGCAUGCUGUGGUUCACCGUUGAAUACCUGCUGCGCCUGGCUUCCUCGCCUAAUAAGUUACACUUUGCCCUCUCCUUCAUGAACGUGGUGGACUUCUUGGCUAUUAUGCCUUUCUACGUGGUCCUCGCGCUAACCUCCCUCGGCACCGCCUCCAUGAUGGAACUUGGCAACGUUCAGCAGGCGGUCCAGGCGCUGCGCAUUAUGCGCAUUGCGCGUGUCUUCAAGUUGGCGCGCCACUCGUCGGGACUUCAGACUCUCACGUACGCGCUCAAGAAGAGCCUUAAAGAGCUGGGGCUGCUGCUCAUGUAUAUGGGCGUGGGUAUCUUCGUGUUCUCCGCUCUGGGCUACACCAUGGAGCAAAGUCACCCCGAGACUCUGUUCAGAAGCAUUCCACAAUCCUUCUGGUGGGCCAUCAUCACCAUGACGACGGUGGGAUACGGAGACAUCUACCCCAAAACCACUCUUGGCAAGUGCAACGCGGCCCUGAGCUUCUUGUGUGGGGUGAUCGCCAUCGCCUUACCCAUACAUCCCAUCAUUAAUAACUUUGUGGUCUUCUACAACAAACAACAAGUGUUGGAGACUGCAGCCAAACAUGAAGUGGAGCUGAUGGAGCUCAAAUCGGAUGGAGAUGCGCGCAGAAAAGAGAGCGACGAAGAUGAGCCCUAG